UCAACUCGAACUACGCAAGCAGUCACGCCAACACUCCAGUAAUGGCAGUAUCUGCUCUGUGAGUGUGAGUGACUUCGAGCUGAGUCAGUGACUGUGACUUGGUCUGGGUUGGGAAGAGCAAGCUAGUCACUAGCGUGCGAGUCCUUGCGAGUUGGCAAAGAGGACGGCUUGUUCGUUCCAGAAUUUCUUCCUUGGCUUCUCCUGGACGUUUCGGCAUUGCUGACUUUACCGUGGCUUAUAUAGCGAAGGUCUCCCACGGACGCUUUGGAAGCCAUGUCGAAGGCAGGGGUGAAAACUCGUCUACACGACGACGCCUUGGACCAAGAUGAAGAGGGGUGCUGCUCCGCGUGUUGCUCGAUUGUCUUGAAAAUAGUCUCAGCCUUCUUGAUCAUCAUCACUUUCCCCUUCUCGCUCGCUUUCUGCUUCAAGGUGGUAAAUGAGUUUGAGCGUGCAGUUAUCUUCCGUCUGGGACGUCUGAUUGAGGGUAACCCCAAAGGCCCUGGUAUGUUCUUCAUUCUGCCAUGCCUGGACAACUACGUCAAGAUUGAUCUGAGAACACAGUCGUUUGACGUUCCACCGCAAGAGGUUCUAUCCAAGGACAGUGUGACGGUGCAGGUUGAUGCUGUGGUGUACUACCGCAUCAGCGAUCCCGUCGUGUCCGUCACCAACGUUGCCAAUGUGCAUCACAGCACCAAGCUGCUCUCGCAGACAACCCUCAGGAAUGUGCUGGGCAUCAAGAGCUUGGCUGACAUGCUCACUGACCGUGACGGGAUCAGCGAGAUGAUGCAGACUUCUCUGGAUCAAGCAACGGAUGCCUGGGGUGUGAAGGUGGAGCGUGUUGAAGUGAAAGACGUGCGCCUGCCACCGCAGCUGCAGCGUGCCAUGGCCGCCGAAGCAGAGGCUGCCCGCGAGGCGCGUGCCAAGGUGAUUGCGGCCGAAGGAGAGCAGAACGCCGCCGUGGCGUACGCCGAAGCUGCCAACGUGAUGGCCGAGGAGCCUGGCGCUCUGCAGCUGCGUUACCUGCAAACCCUCAAUCUCAUCUCCGCCGAGAAGUCCUCGACCAUCGUGUUCCCACUGCCGCUUGCCGACAUGGGUCUGGGUCAGAUCGCGGAAACGUUCAGCGCGCCAGCGCCAGACAGUGGCCAUGCAGGUUUGGUCCACCGUGGAGUCUAAGUCUAUCAACAUGCUGGCUGCUUUCUUGUUAAUUGUCUCUGUUCUUUCGUCUACACUUGUUGCAGUCAUCGCCGCCGCAGGCGAUCGUCCAGCAGGGUUCUGCCGAGGCGUUCAUAGAGCCUUGUCAAUCUCUUACUCUCUUUCAGGCUGUUGUUCUGCUUGUUGGAAACUUUGUCAGUUUGUGUAGAUCCAUAGAGAUUUGGUGGCAUUCCUGAGGAAAUACCAUCCGGGGUUUGUCCAUUGUGAAAUAGCCUCUUUCUCUUGUUUUCAAAUUUGAGUUUUCCAUGAAGAUAUUUUGAUCCUUGUUUUCUUUCUGUUUUCCUCCAUCAUCGAGGCAGUGCUAGGGGUGUUGUUAAAAACCCAAUGUAUGAUGAAACAAUACAUGUAUGGAUCAAUACUGCUACCACCACCACCAUUCAGAGUAGUUUUCCCUUGCGCAUAUUUUCAUGAUAUUUUCCCUGCCGGUAGCAUGGGACUGGCCAGUA